AUGCUCACGCUCUCCGCCGACAUGGACGAGUCUUCGUCGCUGCUGGAUCUGCUGGAGUGCUCGGUGUGCCUGGAACGCCUGGACACCACGGCCAAGGUGCUGCCGUGCCAGCACACCUUCUGCCGCCGCUGCCUGGAGAACAUUGUGAGCUCCAGAAACGAGCUCCGCUGCCCGGAGUGCCGCAUCCUGGUGGACUGCGGGGUGGACGACCUCCCCGCGAACAUCCUCCUGGUUCGCCUCUUGGACGGGAUCAAGCAGCGACCCCAACGAGGCAACGGAACGGGCAGUCGGCAGUCCCUUCCCGGGGGCUCGCUUCAGGGCUACGCAGCAGGAAUGUGCGCUUCUUCCCCGGGCAGUGCUAUUAGAGAGCUGCCCACAGCCACCAGGAGCUCCCCUGUAAAGAACAUCCCAGCACUGCCUUGUGGUAAAGCCCUAUAUUCCUACGAGGGCAAAGAACCGGGGGACCUCCAGUUCUCCAAAGGUGACAUCAUCAUCCUGCGACGUAAAGUGGAUGACAACUGGUACCACGGUGAGCUGAAUGGUUGCCACGGUUUCCUGCCAGCCAGUUACAUCCAGCUGUUGCGGCCCUUGAGCCAGACUCCGCCACAAGGAAAAGCACUAUACGAUUUCGAGGUCAAAGACAAAGAUCAAGAUAAGGACUGUCUGGCAUUUAGCAAGGACGAGGUGCUGACGGUCAUUAGGAGAGUGGAUGAGAACUGGGCAGAGGGCAUGCUGGGAGACAAGAUCGGCAUCUUCCCCAUUCUCUAUGUAGAGCUGAAUGAAACCGCCAAACAGCUUAUGGAGAUUGACAAACCCACUACAACAAACGCCCCUGGUCCGAGCUCUGAGCCUUCAACGUUGGGCUCCUGUUCGUCUGGCCCCUCCCCCUGUGCCUCACCAUCCAAUGGGAACGGCUCUGGCCCACGGCGAGGGGAGGGCAAGAAAAACGCCAAGAAAAGGCAUUCGUUUACGGCGUUGUCAGUCACCCAAAGAGCAGCACAACUCAACAACAGACACAGUAUGGAAAUCUCCAACCCAGUGCUCAUCAGCUCCUCUGACCCAAGAGCCGCUGCACGCAUUCAGGAUGCAUCUCCCCCUGGUCCCUCCCCCUCUUCGGCAGGGGUGAUGGUGCCCCCCAAAGUGGCGUCCAUUACCUCUGAGCUGCUGGCCCACGCCAAGGUGCAGCUGCCUCUCAACAUAUACCUGGCCCUCUACGCCUACAAACCCCAGAAGGCAGACGAGCUGGAGCUGAGAAAAGGUGAAAUGUAUCGCGUCACGGAGAAGUGCCAAGACGGCUGGUUCAAAGGCACCUCGCUCCGAACUGCCGCGUCUGGAGUGUUUCCUGGGAACUACGUGACUCCAGUGUCCAGGGCACCAUUUGGAGUGGGUUCCUCUCGGAGCUGUUUGUCCAGCCCAGUUGGGGGCAGCAGCAGCAGUAAAGUCUCUGACCCUUCGUCCCCUGGUCCCUCUUCGUCUCGACCGUCCACACCUCUCAUAAACUCCGUAAACCACACCAGUCCUGCCUCAUCGCCUCAAAGUGCAGCCGCACAGCUUAAGAAUUGCCUCCGGUCCGGUCAGCACACGGUUAACCAACGCACCUCCAUGCAGCUGGUCCACAGUCCUCCAGCAGGCAGCCCAGAGCGUCCCUCUGUAGCCGUCUCCCCCCUGCGCCCUCAGAGCUGCUCCCCCUCCCGUCAGUCCGGUCGCCCCCUCUCCAUGGUGUCCCCUGGUCCUAGUCUGGGACCCUCUCCGCUCUCCUCCCCCGCUUCCAGACCUCUGCUCACCCUUUCCUCUCCUCUCUCCUGCCUCACCCCUCCAAACGUGUCAGCCGCUCUCCUCCACAGUGAACCCGGCAGUCCGGUACAGCCGCCGUCACCGGGACCCUCCCAUGUGACUAUACAAGGAGGACUCGCACCCAAGGUAGAGAAGAAAGAGAGAAAAGCUGGUGGUUUGCUAAAACUCUUGUCCGGAGCAGCAGCUAAGAAGAAACCUCGCUCCCCUCCCUCGUCGCCACCGACCCAUGUCCCCUCGCUGGGCGCCGUGGCAACAGACCCAUCCCACCCACACCCUCACCACUACCACCCACGCUCAGGCUCCUGUCCCAUGGCCUCACAGGGCAGGGCCGGCUCUUGUCCUAUUGAAACUGACAUCGGGGCCAUUGGUCUGGAGCCACUGCACAGGAAGUCUGGGUCCUUGGAUACGAAUUUCCCCAUGUCGCCCCCAGCAGCGCGCACCGGCAACGCUCUAAUGGUGCUGCGGCCAGAGCCCAAACCCCUGUCCAGAGAGAGGUAUCGUGUGGUGGUCCCAUAUCCUCCCCAGAGUGAGGCGGAGAUCGAGCUGCGGGAGGGCGACGUGGUUUUUGUGCAUAAGAAACGUGAGGAUGGUUGGUACAAAGGCACUCUGCAGAGGAAUGGGCAGACAGGCCUGUUCCCUGGCAGCUUUGUGGAGAGUUUCUGA